UCGGUCUCCACCUCAAACUCAGCCAACGAUGAACAAACCCCGGACUUCCUCAGAAUGGUCUCAUCCAAAGCCAGCCGAACAACCCCAGCCGAAACCUGCUUCUCCCAAGCAGCCAUCCUUUGCUCCGGAGCAAGCUGCUGCAGUAGUAAAGAUCCAGAACUUCUACCGCAAACGCUUUCCGCGCUAUAAAGCACUCCAAACACUUUCGUCCCUCCAAACCCGUUUCGAAGAACUCAAAUCUCCAUUCAAACUUCCCUCGCGAUUUCAAAGGUGAUGACGACCCUGUUGUCACCGUCGAAACGUCUUCUCUCCCUCUCCCUCCAUUAUCUGCAUUGGAUGAAGACAUGCCUUGUAUUCCUCCACUCGCCUACACACCCACUAACGCGCCUUUGCAUCAUUACUAUGAAGAACUAAAUAGGCUGUUGACGGCGCUUGACGCAGUGGAGAGUCACGGCGAUAAGACAGUGAGGGAGCAGAGGAGAGAGUUGGCGAGGAAAGUCGAACGGGAGGCGGAGCGGAUUCAGCGAUGGAAGGUUGCGGUCUGGAAAGGUUGGGAGGCCAAGACAGGAGACACGCAGAAGGUGGCCGACCAAUCGGAUGAGACUCGACCUAUCUGUGAGUCCCAAGAUGACGUUACGUCCACGGAACCGCCUGAGCUUGCUCCUCUUGAAGAUUCGAUGGUCGUCGACUCGAUUGAUGAUAAGGCUAAACUUGAUUCAUACCGCGAGCUCGAGACGAUGGACGUGGAAACAUCACCCCCGCCUGCUGUGGAGACACCUUCUACAACCACGUCAGAAUCAAAACCAACAGCAGAAGUAAACGUAGGUCCUCCCGCAUUUGGUGAAGUUCCUGUUGUUGACGAGCACACGAAUCCGAUGGAGGCGGCGCCCGUACCACCUUCUACAGCGGAGACAUUCAACGUUUCCGUUGUGGAGGCAGGUUCAAAGACCUCUACUAAGUCGGUUGAAGUCGGGUCAACAAUGGACAUUGACGUCGCCUCCGCCUCUAAUGAACCGAGCCCGCUCGUGAUAACCACGGCCUCAGGAGACCACCCUCCGGAAUCCAUACAGACUGAAUCCACUCAGGAUUCAACUGCUGAUUCCUCAACGCUGGCUCAACCGGGCGAUUCCGGGUUUUCGGUGAAGGUCAUUUCACCAGAGGACUCAUCGUCUGAAAUCCCUGAAGCUCCCUCGCCGGUGGAUAGUGUACCCACUGCCAUUCACGAUGAUGAAGCUUCUCACAGCGACAGCGAGUCGAUCCUAUUCACGCCCGAGGAUCGCACGAUCGAGUUGCCCAAGGUCCCUGAUGGCGUGUCAGUAGGUAAGAUCGACCUGGCUGAGCUACGGCGGAAUGCACCAAGCCCGUUGAUUGAUCGAGAUUGGAGGAUGUUGAACGAAUUUGUUAUGUUUUGAUGCUGCUUGAGGACGAUUUCACUAGGUUGUGCGUUCACGAUGCAUAUUGUUAGUUGUUUCUGCUAGCUUGUUGUGUUUUGUUAGUUAACGUUCAUGUCAUCAUUCUCCCGUGUUUUGAGACAAAUACACGAAUUUGAUAAUUUC